AUGGCAGCGGCGAAGAGCCACCGCUACAUCGGCCCCUUCGCGACGGAGAUCCGCGAUCGAUUCGACCUCGAGCUCGACGAGGCCGACGUCUGGGGCGCCGCGGCCGACGGCGACGCCGUCCGGGCGGAGCCGAGGAAGCCGGCGCUCGGCGCCCGCCCGAUCCGGAACCCGGCGUGGAAGGCCGCGCCCGGGCACGCCGGGCCGAGGUCCCUGCCCGUGGGCGUGCCCGACUGGUCGAGGAUCCUUGGGCGCGCGUACAGGCCACGCGCCGCCGCGUGGGCGGAGGACUGUAGCGGCGGCGGCUGGGAAGAGGACGACGAGGAGGAGGAGAGGUUGCCGCCACACGAGUACCUAGCGCGGAGCAGGGGAGCGUCCCUGUCGGUGCACGAGGGGGUCGGGCGGACGCUCAAGGGCAGGGACCUGAGCCGGGUCAGGGACGCGAUCUGGAAGCAGACCGGUUUUGAGGACUAA